AUGCCUGAAACAGUCGAAACCCCUCUCCCAACAAAUAUGACUGUUGUUCUUGCAAGUGAUGAGUCACACCCAUCUAUUACUCUAAACCACUCCAGCACCCCAUAUACUGCCAAUAAACUCAGCAAAGCAAAAGGGAACUAUCAACAAUGGUACGAGGACAUGCUUAUCCACUUGAUGGGUAGCUGUCUCUUUUAUUACAUUGAAGGUGAUUCCCCUAUCCCCUCAGCUACUUCUGAACCAUGUGCACACAAGACCUGGCUCACGAACAAUCACCAAGCCUGGUCCAUCAUCGCUGGAAGCAUCGACCCCAGUGAACGAGUCUACAUCAAGCUCGAAAAUGGCAGCACUACUAUGGUGAAGGCAGCUUGGACCACCUUAAAACCGAGACACAAGAACAAGGGACCAAUCUGUCAGGUCAAUUUGCUGCAAAAAGCGCUAGCUGCUAAAUGCACAAAGGACAUGUCUCUUCCUGAGAUGGGUCACCAAAUUUGCAAAGACAUUAAGCAGGCUUUCACCAUUGGAACCCUCAACCAAAACUUCCUCUGUUGUAUCACACUCAUGAACGUGCUCGAGGAUUUUCUGCACCUUCACACCACUGUAUCCACCAGCCUCACUAACUCCAAGUCUGGUGCUUAUACAUCUGAGGACAUCCUACUCCUACUGGAGACUGAACAAUCUCUACAUGACACAGACACAUUGAAACGAAACCACAAUGACCAGAUCACCGAAUCCACAGCCUUAGCGGUUCAACAAUCCAAAUCCUCAAGGUCUACCUCCUCCAAUGCCCCCUUUUGUACCAGCUGCAAAUGCUCAGGCCACACACAUCCUUACUGCAUUCUAACUGGAGGCGGAAUGGAGGGAAAGACCAUACAUCAGCAAAACCACAUAAACCUUACAUCACAAUGUAAAGUGCUACAAUGCGACCAAUCAGCACUAAUGUAG